AUGGAGGAUGAUUUCCCUUUCUGUGCAGGAGGAUGGCAGGAAACGUUGAACACGAUCUACGAGGCCAAUCGACAGGUGCCUGACCAUUGCGGCGUGUUUGUUGCGACUGGCGGCAGCGGAUUGAUUUUCAAGCGAUCUGUGGCCUUGACUGCGACGUUCGUGCUCGAAAACGACGUCCUUGCCCAUGAGCGCGGAGAGGUCGCGUCUCCACCCGACAUUAGUCUCCAGAACUGCAUGUUGGGCAAGCACGAUUACUGCUCCAGCUGCGCAGGCACGAUGGUCAUCAGCAAGACACUUCUCCAGGGCCAUCUCGGCUAUAAUACCUCGACAAGUGGCGAUGGCUACCACCGGAGCCAGUUCCAGUGCGGCUGGAGACACCCCUUCAAUGGAUCUCCUGCGGUGCACAUUGCUUAA